UAAAUGUCUCAUUUUAAAGAGGUUUCAUUCAAGAGGAUUCUUUCAUCCUCUCCGUCUCACACACGUCAGACCAGGCGCUCGGCGGGCAGAGACGAGUGUGUGGAAUACAUCAGGGACUCUCAGACCUUCCAGCACGUGGAGACACAGGCAGACUGAAGCUGGAGAUCCAGACUGCUGCACAUCUUCGCAUUGUGUCCGGGGCUGAUUCUCAUUCUAUUCGAUCCACACCUGAAUUUGCUCGGCUGCAGGUAGGCGUGUGGCAGCUUCAUUUCUCAAAGCAGGAGACGACAUUGUUCAAUCCAGAUUCACCAGGCAGGCCUUUUCUCACCAAGACCAGCAUCCACUUGCGUUGAAGAUCUUGACCGUCAGAAUCAUGGGGUCAAGAGGCCUGACUCUCAUCUGUUUGGUUAUGGCCACACUGAUGGCUCUAAAUCACGCCGGCCUUGUAAAGAAGAUGAUCAGACACCGACGGGAAGCGCUAACGAUUCCCGGCAUACGCAACGCAACGCUUCCAAACCCUUCCCAACCGGUCGUUUUCAACCACGUUUACAACAUCAAAGUCCCAGGCAGCUCUCUGUGCUCGGUGGACCUGGAUUCUCCUAGAGAUUCAGAUCUUGAACAAAGGGACACGUCUUUUGGCUCAGACGUAACGGAGCACACGAUGGAUGCGCUUAAUCAGAUCGUCUUCACCCAUCGCAUCAACAUUCCCAAGCAGGCCUGUGGUUGUAUGGAUGGACUGCCUGACCUGAAGGACCUCUUGAAUCGAUUGGAGAUGUUGGAGGGUGAGGUGUCCACACUCAGGGAACAAUGCAACGUGGAAUCCACCUGCUGCAGUGCACAGGUCACAGGUGCAGUAGGAACUAAGCCCUACUGCAGCGGCCAUGGAAACUACAGCACCGACAACUGCGGUUGUAUCUGUGAGCCAGGAUGGAAAGGCCCCAACUGUACCAUUCCCGAUUGUCCUGGCGACUGUAGCGACCAGGGCCGUUGUGUUAAUGGAAAGUGCGAGUGUUUCGAUGGCUUCACUGGUGCGGACUGCAGCAUGGAGGACUGUCACGUUGACUGCGGAGAGAAUGGAGAGUGCGUUAAUGGAGCUUGUGUUUGCAAUGAGGGUUUCUCUGGGGAAGACUGCUCGGAGUCGUCCUGCCUUAACAACUGCCUGCGUCGCGGCCGUUGUGUUGAGGGCGAAUGCGUCUGCGAUGAGCCCUGGACAGGGGUCGACUGCUCGGAACUCAUCUGCCCGAAUGACUGCUACGACCACGGACGUUGCGUCAAUGGGACGUGUUACUGCGACAAAGGCUUCACUGGAGAUGACUGUGGGGCGCUCGCAUGCCCCAACGACUGUUCGGGACAAGGUUUCUGCAUUGACGGGCAUUGCGUAUGUGAUGCCGGAUACACAGACAAGGACUGUUCCAGCUUGACAUGUCCUAACAAUUGCAACGAGAGGGGACGCUGUUACAACGGGGUGUGUAUUUGCGACAUGGGUUACCACGGAGAGGACUGCAGUAAACUCUCAUGCCCGAACAACUGCAAUGACAGAGGGCGCUGUAUCAACGGCCGCUGUGAAUGCAACGUUGGUUUCCAAGCAUACGACUGCUCUGAAUUUAGCUGCCCUAAUAACUGCAGCCACCUGGGGCGCUGUUUUAAUGGACAGUGUGUUUGCGAAGAGGGAUUUGGCGGUGAGGAUUGUAGCAUCAAAUCUUGCCCAUCGGAUUGUAAUGGUCAAGGCCAGUGUGUGGAUGGGAAGUGCGUAUGCUUUGCAGACUUUACCGGUGAAGACUGCGGUGUAUUGAGCUGUCCCAGCAACUGCCUGAACCGUGGACGCUGUGUUGCAGGGCAGUGCGUAUGCGACGAAGGCUUCACCGGAGAGGACUGCAGUCAGAUGAAAUGCCCGAAUGAUUGCCUUGGCCGUGGACACUGCGUGGAGGGCCAUUGUGUGUGUACGGAAGGUUUUGCUGGGCAGGACUGUUCUAUUUCCACCUGCCCAGAAAAUUGUAAUAAACAAGGACGCUGCAUCAACGGAAAAUGUAUUUGCGAUGAUGGUUUCACUGGAGACAAUUGUCAAGAAAGACGCUGUCCGAACGACUGCAAAGGUGCAGGUCAGUGUGUGGAAGGCCGCUGCAUCUGUGAUGAAGGCUACAUAGGCGAGGAUUGCUCAGAAGUCUCUCCACCAAAAGACCUCAGCGUCACUGAUGUAACAACGGAGAAGGUGGACCUCAAAUGGAAGAACGAGAUGCUGGUGACGCAGUAUUUGGUCACUUAUGUCCCGACAUCACCAGGUGGCCUGUUGAUGGACUUCCGAGUGCCUGGAGAUCGCAACUCUGCAACUAUCUCAGAGCUGGAGCCUGGUAUUGAGUACUUGAUCAAUGUUUAUGCCAUCCUCAACAACCAGAAGAGUGUGCCAGUCAGUGCCAGAGUGGCCACACAUCUGCCGCAACCUGAAGUCCUGAAGUUUAAAUCUGUCAGGGAGACGUCAGUUCAAGUUUUAUGGGAUAAGCUGAGCAUUCCAUUCGACAGCUGGGAGCUCAUCUUCCACAAUACAAAAGAAGACAACGGGAAGAUUGUGAACACACUCAAACCAUCUCAGACCAACUUUGAGCUAACAGGACUUGGUCCAGGACAGGAGUAUGAAGUCUCUUUGGGCAUUGUAAAGAACAAUACCAGAGGACCUCAAACAAGCUCCACUGUAGUUACAAGAAUUGAUUCUCCAGGGCAGAUUGAUAUUGCUGAUGUGACAGACAGAUCUGCAGUAGUUUCUUGGUCCAGACCUAUAGCUCAGAUAGAUGGUUUCCGGGUGUCAUAUGGGCCGAGCACAGACCCUUCAGGCCGCCGUGAUGUGGACCUGCUGGCUACAAACACACAGCACAGCCUGGAACACCUGAAACCUGAUACAGAAUACAGAGUUUCUAUCAGUUCCUCGAGAGGAGACAUUACUAGUGAGCCGAUCAUUGAGAGCUUCACCACAGGCCUGGAUUCUCCCACUGACCUCAGAAAAGUUGACCAAACCGACAACAGCAUCACAGUGGAUUGGAAAAACAGCCGCUCAUCUGUCGAUGGCUACCGAAUAAAGUAUGGCCCGAUUGCAGGAGGUGCUCAUGGUGAAGACAUGUUCCCCAGAGAGGCAGGAGACAAAACACGGGCCACGAUUACAGGUCUGAAGCCUGGUACAGAGUAUGGGAUUGGAGUCACAGCCAUUAAGAAUGAAAGAGAGAGUCAGCCAGCCACUAUCAAUGCUCUGACUGAUCUGGAUGCUCCACGAGGCCUGGAAGUGCGACACUCCACUGAAACCAGCCUGGAAGUGGUCUGGAAGAGGCCCAGAGCCAAGAUCUCCAGCUACAGGUUGGCGUUCAUUUCUGCUGAUGGCCGCCAGGACGAAGUCGCGCUGCCUGCUGCCGCCACCACUCACACCCUGAACGGGUUGGUCCCUGGGAUGCGCUACACUAUCACCCUUAUGGCAGAACGUGGUCGAAGAAGAAGUGCCCCUGCGACCAUGACUGCGUCCACAGAGGAAAAGCAGCCCCAGAUUGGGAGUCUGAGUGUGUCAGAUAUAUCUUGGGACAGCUUUAAUGUGUCCUGGACCAUAGAGGAGGGCCCUGCCUUUGAGAGUUUUGUGAUAGAAGUGGCAAACGCAGCUGGUAGCCUAGAAAGGCAGAACCUUUCAGUAUCCGGUGAUGCUCUUAGUCUGUGGAUGUCUGGGCUCAGCCCUAACACACCAUAUGUCAUUGCAUUAUACGGUGUGCAUCAGGGCUCUGUCCUGGGCCCGAUCUACACUGAAGCAGCCACAGGUACCCUUGCUUCUGAGGCUGAACCAGAAAUCGAGCACCUUAUCGUGUCAGAUGUCACACCUGAGAGUUUCCGGCUGGCCUGGACCGCUGACGAUGACGUCUUUGAUCGAUUUGUGCUCAAAGUUAGGAAUUCGAGAAAGCUCUCCCACCCUCAAGAGUUUAUUGUGCUGGGUGACGAAAGAACCAAGGUUGUAACACAGCUUUUGGGGGGAACUGAAUAUGAAAUUGAGCUGUAUGGUGUCUCGUUGGAACAUCGCUCUCAACCUGUUACAGCCAUUGCAAGAACAGGCCUUGAAGCUCUCCAGGACCUUCGUUUCUCUGACAUCACAGAUACAUCGGCUGUUGUUUAUUGGGCUGUACCUCACGCCCAACCAGACUUCUUCAGAAUCACAUACUUCCCAGUUCAAGGCGGGACCCCCAUGAUACUGACGGUGAAUGGGUCACAGUCUCAGGUACAACUGAUAAAUCUGAUUCCUGGAGAGAUGUAUCAAGUGUCUGUGAUUUCAGUUAAAGGUCUAGAAGAGAGUGAACCAGUGUCCAAUACUUUUACAGCAGCUGUCGAUGCUCCCCGUGAUCUGGUUGCCAGUAAUAUUCAGACUGAUAGCGCUAUGAUCACCUGGAAACCGCCCAGAGCUGCCAUCACAGGCUAUAUAGUGACCUUUCAAUCAUCUGAUGGGGCUGUCAGGGAAGUGAGUCUUGACCCGUCGGCCACCUCGCACAGUCUUUCAGAUCUGAGAGGCUCCACAGAAUACACGGUUACACUGCAGGCUGUUUCAGAGGCCAAGAGAAGCAAGAAAAUCAGCACAGUCUUCACUACUGUCGGAAUGCUCUACAGAAAUCCAAAAGACUGCUCACAGACCCUGCUGAACGGAGAGACCUCCUCUGGUUCGGCCACCAUUUACGUAACCGGAGACGAGAAACAACCACUCCGAGUCUACUGUGACAUGAUCACUGAUGGAGGCGGUUGGAUGGUGUUCCUAAAGCGUCAGAGCGGUAAGCUGGAUUUCUUUCGGAACUGGAAGAACUACUCUGCUGGAUUUGGUGACACAGAUGAUGAGUUCUGGCUAGGACUAUUAAAUCUUCACAAGAUCACAGCAGCCGGUCAGUAUGAGUUACGCGUGGACCUGAGGGAUGGACAGGAGAUGGCGUUUGCUCACUACGACAAAUUUUACAUCAGCGAUCCUCGAACUCGCUACAAGAUCCAAAUCGGAGCGUACAGUGGUACUGCAGGCGACUCAUUGACCUAUCACCAGAACAGACCCUUCUCCACCUAUGAUAAUGACAAUGACAUUGCUGUCACCAACUGCGCGCUCUCUUACAAAGGAGCGUUCUGGUAUAAAAACUGCCAUCGAGUCAACCUGAUGGGGAAAUAUGAAGAUAACAGUCACAGCAAAGGCAUCAAUUGGUUUCACUGGAAAGGUCACGAGCAUUCGAUUUCAUUCGUGGAGAUGAAGAUCCGCCCAGUAAAUUUCAGAAACUUGGAAGGCAGACGAAAAACGUCAUAGACUUAAAUUUGCCCAUUCUUUCUAUUUUCUCCAUAAACCCAACGUGAUCAACAGUGGCACAGUUUUGCGCAAGACCGAUACGAUUAAAACUCCUCUGUGAAAUCUCAUGCCUUCUAUAUUACAGUUACAUAACAGGACAUCACUCUGAAUUAAUUCAUGUGCAAAGAGAUGAGGUCAUGUGACGACAACACAACAUAAAACACGUUAAAAUAUUUAUUUUGUAAUGAUGCGUACCUUUUCAUGUGCUAUUAAAAACAGUUGGCAGUAUACCGUUUAUACUGCACGAUAUUCAGUAAGUGCACAUGCACAGAUGUGACACGAGCGGGUUAGUAGAAACCAACUUAUUUCAGGUCUCAAAAUUCAGAAAUUGUAAAAAUGGAUAUAAACAUUUUUACAAGGAAGCCAAUAAUGGGACAAGCGCUUCAAAUGUUUUGUUUUAAAUGAUUUUUGUAAUGUUUUACCCCAGAUUACAGGCCUCAAUGUUUACAAUCCCUGAAAGCAAAAAUGUUGAUUAAACUUUAUCACUCCUACUCCUUUAAUGUGUCUUAAAUGCAUUAUCUGACGCAUAAUUAAAAUAUGAUUCUUGUGCUCAAGACAUUUUAUUAUGGAGCCUCUUAGAGGACAGGAAGGGAAAAUACAUUUGCAUUCCCUUGCAUUUAUUCUCAGUUCCCCAAAUACCUUUAUCCAUCCCUUAUGAAAAUGAAUCAUUACUGUUUAACUACAUAGUCAAACUAUGGUAUAUGUAGUAAAACCAUUGUAACCACAAAAUGUACCUUGUUUUUACUCAGGGGUUAAAUUGGGCUGGAACUGUGUUCCUACACCUUCGUUUUUAAAAGAGGAUUUAAAAUACAUGUUAUGCUCCGGUUUUUGAUUGAUGCAUUUCACACAUGUUCUUUAUGGUCAGUUGGAGAUUCCUUUAGGAAAUGUUUAUUUUCUAGACAAUACCCUGUACAGUUGGGCUACUAGUAAAAAUGCUUCUAUUUUGCACUCUUUUCUAAUCAAAUAGCCUAAAAGUGACCAAAGUUCAGCCUUGAAACCAUGUGGCGCAAGCUGAUUGGUUCUUUGAGCUUGUUAUCUGUUAGAGAAACCUUUGACAUGAAAUCAGGUAGGCAAUCAAAUAUUGUCUAAUAUUUAAAUGGCUCAGUUUUGCAGAUAAGCCGGUUUGACUGCUGCGUGCUGCAAGAUCUUUUCUCUGAAACCCACCUCCACCCCAGGUUCACCUGUCUAGAUCUGCUACAUGGGGAUUGUAUGUAAUGUUUUGGGUUUUUCUAAUUGUGCAGCAGCAUAUCCACAUGCUUAACGGCUCAGGUGGUAGAGCGGGUCAGCCUCUAAUCGCCCGGUUGACGGAUCGAUUCCCUGUCCACAUGACUCCACGUGCCGGAAUGUCCUUGGGCAAGACACUGAACCCCGAGUUGCUCCCAAUGGCUGGCUAGCACCUUGCAUGGCAGCUCUGCCGCCAUUGGUGUGUGAAUGGGUGAAUGAGACACAGUGUAAAGCGAUUUGAAUACCGCUAAGGUUAAAAAGGCGCUAUAUACAUGUAGACCAUUUAACUCAGUAUGUCUGUAUAUUUUCUAGCAGUAGCAAGUCUCCGUAUUUGCUCUGCAGCAACAGCAGCGCCAAUAUGACAUACCCACAUCAACAUGAUAAAUCUUUCUGAGAGUUGCCAUGACUGAAAUAUUGUAAUUUGAAAUUAUAUUAUUUAAUCACUGAUAAUGUAAUUUGUAAUUAAAAUAUUUAAGAAAAGGUUAAAAAAAAUUAAAAGUAUCCAAAUACCAAGAAAUUCUGGAAUUCAUGUAAAUGCAGCCUUCCUUACUGUGCGUUCAGGCCAGAGGCCUCGAGAGCGUCAAAUCAACCGGAAGUCAUUCAUUUUCUAUGACCGCCAGCGUCUCUCGCGGCGAGUCUUGGGCGUUGUGGGCCUCAGAAGAAAGUUCAAGUGCAGCCAACAUUAUAGUAAUGAGCUUUGACGCGGUUCGGAGGCAACAUUUGGAAUAUAGAAGUGCUCCGCUCUAGCGAAGUCUGGAGAGCGCAACAGUGUA